AUGCCUGAAGCCCCUAAGCGCCUCUCAGCAAGGAAGCCGUUGGGCCAGCUUCCUGUGAAUUUGGCUUCUCGAUCAACAAAACCCGAUUUCAGACAUGCCAAACAUGAGUCUCGUACAACACGAGACCUGGGAUCUCUAGAACCAGCUUAUGCUGCAAUCCCAUCGUCUGAAGAUGGACUAAUACGCCAGCACUUUGAUCCUAUUCGCUCGGACGCUGCCCCUGGCACGGGUCUGGAGCUGGCGGCCGCUUUGCACGGCAUGACCUUGUCUACAUCCAGAUCAGCUACGCCUGACUCGGAAUCACAAAGCUAUAGCGAGGCCCACCGGUCCCAUUUUGCAGAGAUCGAAGAGGAUUCUGACUGCGACGCCGCUGGUGCCGAAGCUUAUGACGACGAUAGCGAUGCUACAGACUACGAAGGCCCCCAGGAGCCCAAAUGGAACAAACAGAUCUUCAACAAGCUACAGACAGUAAUGAAGACCUUCUCUCGGGCCACGCUCGACGAGCUGGACGAGGACACUUACGACGUGACCAUGGUUGCUGAGUAUGCGCCGGAAAUCUUCAACUAUUUGCAUGAACUUGAGCACAUGUACGCUGCUGAUGCCGACUACAUGGCCAACCAAGACGAGUUGCGCUGGGAAAUGCGUGGCGUGCUCAUUGACUGGGUCGUCCAGGUCCACCAGCGUUUUAAUUUGCUCCCGGAGACUUUGUUUCUUACGGUCAACUAUAUUGAUCGUUUUCUCAGUCGCCGAAGAGUGUCUUUGCUGCGUUUCCAGCUUGUUGGAGCCGUGGCUCUCUUCAUUGCCGCCAAGUACGAAGAGAUCAAUUGUCCUACUGUCCAAGAAGUUGCAUACAUGGCUGAUAAUGCCUACAGCAUCGAAGACUUCCUCAAGGCCGAGAGAUUCAUGAUCGACGUGCUCGAAUUCGAUAUGGGCUGGCCAGGACCAAUGUCUUUCUUAAGACGCACUUCCAAGGCCGACGACUACGACUACGAAACACGUACGCUCGCCAAGUACUUUUUGGAAAUCACCAUCAUGGACCACCGUUUUGUCGCCUCGCAGCCAUCGUGGCUUGCGGCUGGCGCCCACUAUCUCCUGCGGAAGAUGCUCAACAAGGGGGCUUGGACAGACGCUCAUGUCUUUUACUCUGGCUACACAGAGGAACAGCUCAAACCGCUUGCACGCAUUAUGAUGGAAAUGUGCUCCAACGCCGAGUCGCACCAUAAAGCCAUCUACGAGAAGUACCAGGAAAGACGCUACAGAAGAUCCCUGUUGUUCGUGCAAGAGUUCUUGAGAGCAAUGCGUUCGCCCAAAGACGAGUAG